UGUGGUUUCGUGGGGCCAAGGCGGAAGCUGGGUGUACGCCACCGCGGCAUUAGCUGUGGCUUUUUGUUUUUAGCAACCUGCCCAUCCGAACUUUAAAGUUGCAGCGUCUAAAUAAAUGCGCAGGCGACGACAAUGGCAGGCACAGCCUUGAAAAGAUUAAUGGCAGAAUAUAAGCAAUUGACACUAAAUCCCCCAGAAGGAAUAGUCGCAGGUCCAAUUAACGAGGAGAAUUUCUUUGAGUGGGAAGCUUUAAUCAUGGGUCCGGAGGAUACGUGUUUUGAGGGAGGCGUGUUCCCCGCCGUCCUCAGCUUUCCCGCUGACUACCCCCUCAGCCCCCCCAAGAUGAAAUUCACUUGCGACAUGUUCCAUCCCAACAUCUACCCAGAUGGCCGAGUGUGCAUCUCUAUUCUCCAUGCUCCUGGUGACGACCCCAUGGGCUACGAGAGCAGCGCAGAGAGGUGGAGCCCUGUACAGAGUGUAGAGAAAAUACUACUGUCAGUCGUCAGCAUGCUCGCAGAGCCUAAUGAUGAGAGUGGUGCCAACGUGGACGCCUCCAAGAUGUGGAGAGAGGACCGAGAGCAGUUCUACCGACUAGCCAAACAGAUCGUACGCAAAUCACUGGGACUGUGAAACAAACACCUCUGGCCAUCCGUCUUACUCCUCCCUCUCCUUCCUUCCUUCCUUCCUUCCUUCCUUCCCUCUCUAUCCCUUCAUUUUCAGGCCUGUCAAUGCCUGAUGCAUCAUCCCAAUCUCCCUCAUUACUACUCCAACCACCAGCAUCAAUACUUACACACACACUCUCACUCCCAUUCUCCUCAUCAGAGAGGGUUCCACAUACCAGGCUCUCCUAUCCCCACCACUCCCCCAUUCCUGUUGCAGUUCAACGCACUUUACAUCAGUCUUUUCCUUUGCUCUCUCUCUGUCUGCCUCAUGGACAACAUGACAACAUAAGACAUAGUCUUUUCUUUUCUUUUUCUUCCCGUGUGUAUGAUGGAGAGAGAGGAAAAAUGGGUUCCCCCAACAAUUCUGCAUAUGGCUGGACUACGAACUGGUGCUGGGAAGAUGGAAGAUGCUUUCGGAGUGGUGUCAGGUGGCAUGAAAACAUUUUUUCUUUUUUUCUUCAUGAUUUCUGAGAGCAAGAAAGUGAUGGAGUCGCCUCCUAGUUCCCUAAUAAAUCCUGUGUAUGGGGAGAGGAGCCAUGGA